AUGCGCCCAGCUAGAAGUAGAUAUUACUCCCAACAAAAGCUCAAAUCGCUUUCAGAAUUUCACCAUUUUCUACCGUCAUCCACUCUGCACAGCACAGCAUUUACAGAUAUUGCUCCCCCAAACAAUGUUGUUGUGCUUCGUACUCUUGGGUACGAUCUUGAUGUGUACUAUCUGGAUGGGCAUGAUGAAGAGAAUGCUAAACAAAGUACUGCUGACAUGACUGCAUUUGUUCAAAAUCUUCUUCAGCAAAUGAUGGGUAACCGGAUCGAUGAGCUGGAACAAAGCAUCAAUGAUCUUAGAGCUGAGAUGGGUCAAGAAGGUUCUCCAUCUCCUUCAGCUCCAUUGAAGUCGAAAGAAGAAUCUAAAUCAGCUGAUGAUAGUUAA